CGAGUGAAAGGCAGCUCAACUCAAAAGUGCAAGAGGCACAGAGAGCGACUUGGCUGGGUUACACAUUAAAAACAGUGGAGGAGAGAGAAAGGGAGAGGAAGGGGGGACGGGAGCGAGAGAGCAGGGCACUUUGAAAGGAGGAGGAGGAGGAGAGACCACACUGAGGGGAAGAAAGAGAGGGAGAGACAGAAGGGGGGCAAGGAGGACUGGGGCAGAGAGAUACGGGAAUACUCAAUGGCUACAGAGGAGACGGCCGGGGGUGCCCGCAAAGCCACCAAGAGCAAACUGUUUGAGUUCCUGGUCCAUGGAGUGCGCCCAGGAAUGCCAUCUGGAGCCCGCAUGCCCCACCAGGGUGCUCCCAUGGGCCCCCCUGGCCCCCCAUAUGGGGGGAACCCCUCCGUCCGGCCCGGCAUGCCCACCCAGGUGAUGGAGGCCAACCGGAAGCGACCGGCUCCAUCCCAGCAGGUUCAGCAGCAGCAGCAGCCACAGCAGCAGCAGCAGCCACAGCAGCAGCAGCAACAGGCCGUACAGAACCGGACCCGCAAGAAACCGGUGGGAUUCCUCGGAGCCAAUGAGAUUGCAGUGAGGCAGAUGGACAUGAGAGAUGCCCAAUCAGAUCCCACACUUGGAUCAAAUGCCAAGAGAAGGAAAAUGGCAGACAAGAUUCUCCCUCAGAGGAUCCGCGAGCUGGUCCCAGAAUCCCAGGCCUACAUGGACCUACUGGCUUUCGAGCGCAAACUAGACCAAACCAUCAUGAGGAAGCGAGUGGACAUUCAGGAGGCCCUGAAGAGACCAAUGAAGCAAAAACGUAAGCUGAGGCUGUACAUCUCCAACACUUUCAACCCGGCCAAGCCUGAUGCAGAAGACUCUGAUGGCAGCAUUGCAUCAUGGGAACUGCGAGUAGAGGGCAAACUGCUAGAUGAUCCUGGUAAACAGAAGCGGAAGUUCUCCUCCUUCUUUAAGAGCCUGGUGAUUGAGCUGGAUAAGGACCUGUAUGGACCUGACAACCACCUGGUGGAAUGGCACCGCACCCCCACCACUCAGGAGACGGACGGCUUCCAGGUCAAGAGGCCCGGAGAUGUGAGUGUGCGCUGCACCCUGCUGCUGAUGCUCGACUACCAGCCCCCUCAGUUCAAGCUGGACCCUCGCUUGGCACGCCUUCUGGGCAUCCACACCCAGACCCGCUCGGUCAUCAUCCAAGCGCUCUGGCAGUACGUCAAGACCAACAAGCUGCAGGACGCCCACGACAAGGAGUACAUCAACUGCGACAAGUACUUUCAGCAAAUCUUUGACUGCCCCCGGCUAAAGUUCUCGGAGAUCCCCCAGCGCCUCACCAACCUGCUGCUCCCCCCUGACCCAAUCGUCAUCAACCACGUCAUCAGUGUGGAUCCCAAUGACCAGAAGAAAACGGCAUGUUACGACAUCGACGUAGAGGUGGAGGACCCCUUGAAGGGCCAGAUGAGUAGCUUCCUGCUUUCCACAGCCAAUCAGCAGGAAAUCGCCUCAUUGGACAAUAAGAUUCAUGAGACCAUUGAGUCCAUCAGUCAGCUCAAGAUCCAGAGGGACUUCAUGCUCAGCUUCUCCAAGGACCCAAAAGGCUACAUCCAGGAGUGGCUGAAGUCCCAGAGCAGGGACCUCAAGGUGAUGACGGACGUGGUGGGGAACCCAGAGGAGGAGAGGAGGGCAGAGUUUUACCACCAGCCAUGGUCCCAAGAAGCUGUUAGCCGCUACUUCUACUGCAAGAUCCAGCAGCGGAGACAAGAGCUAGAGCAGGCGCUGGCCGUGCGCAACACGUAAACACCUCCCUAAACAAACAACAAUGCACCUGUCCCUCCGAACAGCAUCCAGUCUCUGUCACACGUUCCUCCUGUCCUGGUGUUUCCUGUAGUAACUUACUGUGACCUGUUUGCUGUCAUAAUUAAGAGUCUCGCGGGGCCUAUGAUUGGAGUCAGAUUUUGUAUCCCAGGGGAAUCGAAUAGUGAAACUGCAAGGCAAUCAUCUGUUGGUGUUACAGAGAACAACCCUUUUAUACAAACAAACUUCAGCAAUGUUCUCUGGAGUUCCAGCAAGUUUGUAUCUAUGUACUUCCCCACACUCCCUCUUGUUAGUCAUGCAUGAUCAAGACAAUGCACACGCUACUUCAUAAAGACCAUUGUAAUUCACGUGUCUUCAUUUAGGAAUUCCCUCAAAGCACAUGGUCGCCUUGUCUGUCUGUAAACUGGAGAAUGUGGGACCAGUAAUAAUCCAGUAGUACUUGAGGGGUGUGGAAAUACCAGGAGGGGACAUUCACAGUUUUGAGGAAGCCACAGUGUUAGCAUUUAAGCCGCAAGUAGUGAUGUUCAGCACACACGUGUCAGUGUUGUUUGAGUAGUGAUGGUGCUACAGAUUCACAUUUAGUCAGUAUUGAACCUCCUUGUGUUCUGUCGAUGAAAUCCCAAGCUGUGUUUACACCCUUAUCCAUGUUUCUUAAGUUAACACAUGGGUGUACAGUCUCUAUGCGUUACUGUAUGAUGAGUUUUAUAUGUGCCAUAAAAACAGUACAUAUGACACAACGUCCAGCCUUUAGCGGGGGAAACUGGUCAUUAUAGACAGACAUGGACACCUGGAUUGGAAACCAUGUCCCAGAUGGCUGUGGACCACACAGGAAAGCAGCUUCUCAGCCUUGCACCUGGUUAGCAAGAAGCUUACUCUGAACUUUGGUCUUCUCCUUGGAGUCCAGGGCAGCAGGCAUGGGCUUUUCUCAGUGCUGCAGGGCUACAAUGUCACAGCGUGCUAAAGAGGACCAGCAUCUUUGAGUUGGGUGUUCUGCAGGCAAGACUGGUUAUCUUAUACGAGUUUGUUUUCCCAGAAUGUGUGCCUUUCUCCAGUUAAACUCAACCAGACAGUACCGUCAUAGAGUCUACUGCUGUAGGACUCAACUAAACUUCCCGCUAAUGGUCUCAUUUAGCUUUGAAGCUUCCUUAUUGGGUCCUGGCUCCUCAAGUCCCUCAUGUUGACGUUACUGUGGCAUUGCACUGAUGUCAUCAAGCUGCGUGCUUGCUGCAUGCUUGCACUGAGGGUUGUUUGUGCAGUAGGAGGAAGCAUGUGACUGUAUCACCUAAAGCCUCCAUAGAAUACCUCAGUUUUCAGUGUUUGGGGCUUUUAUUUUUGUGUUUUGUUCUUUUACUUACCAAUACAAGUUGCCAGAUGUGGAAAAAAUGGAAAAGCACAGGGAAAAUCAAAGGGAAAUUGGGCUGUUACUGGCAUGUUUCACCAGCAUCUUUGCAGUCAGAGUUUUCUAAAAUAAAAUCUUAUUGUUGCUUUUUGUUAAAUCCCUUUAAGUUCUUAUCUAUAGUCUAGGGAGGCCAGCUGAUCCCAUAAUCAUCAGCAUCCAUGAAACAACCAAUGCUUUUCAUGAAUGAAGUCUUGCUCUGAAGUGGAAUUUUGUAAUGAAGGAAAUAUUACAGAACGGUAAAUGAAUAACAGCAAAGGUCUGUGACCAUUGUUUUUCAUAGUAUUGUUAGAAUAAUGAAGUGUCAUGACUUAAUCACCACAUAACAUUAGCAGUGUUAAAGAGAAUCUUGCUAAUUCGAAUCACAGAAGAGACCAUUUUGGUAACUCAGUCAAUAACUUUUUCUCUUUUAAAUGUAAAUAUAAGACAUGAAGUUUUUUUCCAUUGGUGUCCAUCUUUAUGAAGUGUGAUGCAUUUAAGGCCGCUGAUUAUUAGCGGUGUGUCACUAAUUAUGUUUUUCAAAACUUGCUAACUCUAUGUCAGUAUCUUUCCCCCAUUGAUGUACAUAUAAGAAUUGUUUUAAUCUCUUCCCUGUCUAUAAUUAAUGCCCAGUUGGCUAUUACUAUAAAACAAAAGUCUGUUGCAAGUUGGACUUCGACACAAACAUUUUCGGCAUAGCCAAAUAUCGAGUUAGUACUAUGGUAAAGGGAUUCGUUUUUUUUACAUGAAGAAUAUGUAAAUGAUGGUUUUGAUAAGACAGCUGUCACUGAGCAUAUGUGUGUUGUGUGACUGUUGUGUGUCUGUCAGGGAUAGGACCGUGUUUGCAUUGCAAGGCUUUCUAAGGAACAAAGGACGAUAUUUGCACAGCUGUAAACCUAGAGAUACUGACAAAAAUGACACGAGCAGAAUUAAAUGUAGCUGCAGGUUAGUUCUGCAUCCACGUUCAACCACAGGUUGCACUGCAUGAUGACACUGAUACAAUAUUUAAAGAUUCGCCUCAGCACGGUCCUGACGUUUGCCGUCACCAAGUCACUGCCGUAAAGGUAGCAUGCUGACGAGGACCGAUGCCAUUUUGGAGAAAAGGGGCUUUUCAAACCACUGUCUGGGCCCAUCUCUCCAGGCGAGUCAGGCAGUGGCACGUAGCUUAUUGCUGAAUCAUUGCGGGGCACACGUAUGUGAAGUUUUUUGCCUUUCACUUUAUUAUUAUUAUCAAUAUUAUUAUUAUUAUUUUUACGAUUACAAGUGUCAGGGGAGAUGCCUUGACUGUAGCCAGCAUCUGUUUGGAUGUUAUUUCUGUCUAAAUUUGCUGUUUUUGUGCAACGAUCUUUCACGUGAAUGGUGUGUUUGUAUUAUAAGACUUAAGAAAAUAAGUCUUGGAAAAUAUAAAAAUCUUUGGAAGGGGAAAAAAAAACUGAAACCCUCUGCCAAUACUGGACAAAGGAUUCUAAGCCUAUGCAUGCCGAAUGGACGUGUUUUUAUAUUUAAAAAAAAAAAAAAAGUUGAGGAAGCACUCAAUCAGGAAGUUGA